AUGUGUCACCAAGAGAUUCACCACCUGUGCGGGCACGUCAGCUCCCACAAGCUGCCGUGCGCGGCCAAGAAGUCGAGAAGAGGAGGAGGAGGUUGUGGUUUCGCCUGCCUCUUGGCUCUACAACCAAGAUGUGAUGACAACGCAAAGAAGACGACAUCCACGGAGCCCUGCCCGCCCUGUCUCCGGGCGGACCGAGAGCAGUGGGCGAUCCAGCGCGCGCAGCAGAGGAUUCUCGCGCAGCAGCAGAGGAGUGGCCCGACAAUGGGGUCCUGCCGGCCCAUUGAGACGAGUCGCACUGGCGCACGUCUCAGCGGACCUGCGCGUGGACCUGAGCAGCCUCGAGGACCGUAUGAUGAGCCCCAGCGAGAGCUCCAGCCUCCUCAGCCUCCUCGCCUUCGAGGUCCGGCGGAGAGCAGGACGCUUGUACCUCGCCACUGGGUUGAUACGUCUAGAUCGUACCCGGGCGGUGACCGUGUUGUCUCGGGUGUGCCCUCAGGCUGGGCCUAUCCUGGCAGGCUAAGUCUCGGGAUGAAUUUCAGAUGGCUUCAGAUGCUGAGGCCCGGGCCGGCGACAGAGAAGCAAGCGCACCCUCGUCGCAGCGGCCAAUAA